UUUAAUCCUUAACUACUUCCAUGAGUUGACACUGCAGGUCACUUGCACUGAUCUAGGAACAGUGUUAGAUACUGAAAUGUGCCUCAUGCAAUGAAAGGGGAAAUUCAAUUGUGAUCCCUGUUCAGCUGUAACAAGAAGCUCCUACCAACACCCCGCUCUGUUACUCUAAGUGGAUAAUCUGAUCUAAGAGUGAGUUUCCUGUGCAUCAACCAUGGCUCUGGUCAAUACUAGCUGCAGGACUCCAGGAACAUUAAUUUAACAGUGAUUGAAACGGGUAAUGUGAUUUCUUCUGAAAUGAUGGAAUCGGGGCCUAUUUGGCUUGGGAUACCAAGAUAAAUUGGGAAGUUAUUUGGAAUCUAGAAGUUUGGACAAUGUGUGACAUGCGACGGUCUCAAAGCUGGAAUGGCAGUGAACUUAUGGUGGAAAUUAAUACAAACUCGGCAUUACCCAGAUGGGGCAGAAGAGUUAUUGCACCAACUUUGUAUGGUAAGCCACAACCAGGAGACCUUAUUGAGAUUUUUCGAGGGACAUACCAACACUGGGGUUUAUACAUUGGCGAGGGUGACAUCAUUCACCUUGCACCUCCUUGUGAGACUGCAGGAGCUGGGCCUAACUGCUUGAUGUCCGUUCUAUGUGACAAGGCCAUAGUGAUGCGCGAGGGGCUACACCAGGUGGUGGGCCGUGACAGAUUCCAUGUCAACAACCUUCUAGACUCUAAGCACAAGCCAAGGAGCAUAUGUGUCAUUCUGCGUGACGCGCUUAGUCUGGCUGGCCUAGAGAUGCCCUACUGUGUUCUGAGAGGAAACUGCGAACACUUUGUAACAGAGUUGAGAUAUGGGAGAGCGGAGUCACGACAGAUUCAUUGUGCAGUGAAGAUUGGUGUGAGGACCAUGGCCAUUGGCAUGAAGGUUCUAACUAACGCAUCAAACGUCACCAGAAAAAAAGAAAAGUCUUUGAAAAUCAUCCCGAAACUGUGAAAGCAGGAGAACGUUUGUGCCUUUCCUUUGGAACCAAGCUUAAGACAUGUAUAAUUUGGCUGGCUGCCAGUUUCUGUUCUGAACCGCGGAACAAAUCAUACACAGUACACACCUGCAGGCACCACAUCACUAUUUUUUUUUAUCAUUUCUUUCUUCAUUGGUUUUCAUGCUCAUGAAAGGCUCAUUUCACUAGACCCACAUUUUCACCCUUUAUUUACAGGCACAAUAACAGACUCAUAUGAACUGCUUUACUCUUUAAAUGAACUGUAUGACAUUCUUACAUUGGACCUAUUAUACUUUCCAGUAUAUUACAUGAUGAAGUUACACUGCAAAGGUACUUUUAAGAUGCCAUAA